CUACCUACAGUUUCAGUUGACCGAAGACACAAAAUUUAACACUACCUUUCAUCACAAGAAGGUGCAACGCCUAUCACGUUCAGUGAUAGUGUAGUUUGCUUUGCCUCGUUUUCCAGAGUACCCAACAAUGACGGCGUUUACGUUCUCCCCGGGCCAGCUGCAGCAGCUUAGUAAACAGUCAGCUUCAAAGAGCUGGUGAGAGGGAGCUUAUGACGUACACCGACCACGCCAACCCCCCAUAGGGAGAAGAUUCGAUAUUUUAAGAACGAAUUUCGUGUCGAUCAUUUGUAGCAGAUAAGGGUUUAUAUGAUGGGAAAAGGUGGGUGUGAUUAUCACUGACAGGUGCGCCUCGAACACACACGACUAACACCUCUCCUACGGCAACGUUAUCGCUCGAUGGCGGCUUGGUAGUUGGGACUCCGAGUUGGAAUAAGGUAACCACCAAAAUGGUAUUUCAAAAGCAUUUUUCGGUUGUUUUCAAUCCCAGCAAGCCCUUUGUUGAUAACCCCAUGAUUUCGUACAGUAGCACGCAAUAAGAGAGCAACAGCAGCAACGUAAUUUCUUGAGCGAGAUUGAAUGAUCUCUACGCGGCAUCAUCACCAGAAGCGCGUCAGAGUGGCCUCCAGCAGACGAUGGGUUAGCGAGAUAAGCUCAAGGUGCAGAGAUUAGUAAAUAAUACCCCCGGCGGUGGCGGCAGAAGCUGUGGGGUCACGGCGGCGUCACUGCAUGUCGUUUUGCAAUCCGAACCCCCCGCUACAUCUACUGAGAGAAGCCCAGAGAGCCGCCCGAACUGCCCGAGCACUCUGCUCACCGGCGCUUACUAUGAUGGCGACGACAACACAAGGGCCCGGGCCGAUACGUUGAUGAGGAGUAGUGUGCUGUGGGCGCGCUCACUCGCUUGCGUUUUGCUCGACGGCAACAGCGACGUACGUCGACUCGGGAACCGCUCAGUAUCCAGCCGGACGUUCUCGGAAUCGCUCCUGGCGUUGACGAUCUCCACCGCGUGCCACAUCUCUGAUCGUACGGAAGGAUACGAAAAAGAAAUAAGGUGUACUCUGUGCGUGUCUUCCAGCCAGGGUGGUGUUGUGUGAUCUUCCGGAACGGUCUCGUGUGAUCUUCGUGUAGAGAGGAUGAAAGUGCUUCUGAAGGCGGCAUGGCCUACGACGAAGAUAAUGCAACGCCUUUCGGCUACCUAUGGCCUGUAUCCUUGGAGUUACGCACAGUGCCAGGCAAUGCCCGAUUCGUACGAGUACAAUCCGGGAAAGCAUCAGCAGCCACCCUAUGCGCAGCAUCCUUCCUCGCCGUAUCACCAGCAAGCGGCGGCGCAGCAACACCAACAGAGCCAAUCCGAGGCAGGAAGUCCGGCUAGCGAUGCGGUCAUGAUCAAGAUUGAUGUAUCCUCGCCGGUACGCGGAGAUGAUCAGCAGCGGUACCCGAAGGAGAUUGGAAAAACGCUACUGGCGCUAUUGUUUCUAGCUUUCAAUUUUUUUCUCGCCACCGUAUCGUUGUCGCUGGUACACGAUCGCGUACCCGAUCGUGACACACACGAACCGCUGCCGGAUGCAUUUCUGGAUAGAGUAGCACCGCAGGAUUGGGCGCUCGAUGUGAGCGAAAUCCUCAUCAUGAUCGUGGUGAAUUCUUGCGUCGUGCUGAUCACCUUCCACAAGCAUCGCUUCAUCGUGAUGCGGCGAGUGUUUCUUCUGCUCUCGAUCCUCUAUCUAAUGCGAUCGAUGACGAUGUACGUGACGGUGUUGCCGGUCUCGAGCCGUACCUACUAUUGCAGCCCAAAAUCGAACGCCAGCAGUGCGACAGUGAUCGUCAAGCGUGCCUUUCAGCUCAUUUCCGGUAUGGGUCUUUCGAUCAACGGGAAGCAGAUCUACUGCGGUGAUUACAUCUACAGUGGGCACACGGUGACGCUCGUGUUGGGUUAUCUAGUGAUAUCGGAAUAUUCACCGAAACGAUUCUGGCCUAUUCACUGGCUGUACUGGGCUGCGAGCUUGACCGGUGUGGUGAUGGUACUGGUGGCUCACGGUCACUAUACGGUCGACGUACUGAUUGCAUACUAUGCCACGACGAGGCUCUUCUGGACGUACCAUACGCUGGCGAACAAUAGCUUACUAUUGAAGCAAAACGGUAACAAUUACAUAGGCCGUGAGUGGUGGUACCCGGCCUUUCGGUACUUUGAGCGUAACGUACGCGGUCCGAUACCACUCCAGUACGAUCUGCCUAUUUCGAUGCCAGCGUCGUGGAUGAAGAAGAGUCCGAAGUUGCCGGGUCGCGAAAGUUGAUACGGUUAAGGGGAGAGAAGUAUCUAUCGAGACACCGAAGUCUCUCCGCCUGCCAUCGUAACACCACUAUCGCCAACGCUCGUGAAAGGUAAACGGAUAAGGUCACACUUGUGCACUACACCCUCCGAACGGGGGUGUGUGCAUCGGUAGAACCGUCUUGAUAAUGUGAUUAUAAUAGGUUGUGGGAGAGGAGUACGCGAGUGGAGGGAACAAAACUAAAAAUGAAAGACUUCCGAAGACAAACCGUAAUUCGUGGCAAGAUGCGCUACUCUUGCUUGUUAGCUACAGCCUCGCUCCGUUUGAUGCUGUCAGCUACCUGUCGCCUUACACAGAUUAUCUCUCCAUCAUCUUUCCCCCUUUGAGAAAGAUGUCUUUAUCCUAGGUCAUAACCAGUUCUGAUUUGUAGAACCUAGUGAUAGUCGUGCUAUCUCUUCUGGGAAACAUCCUUUCCCCCAAUGGAACGAAACAUCGAACUGUUUUAAACGUACCAUAUCUUUGUAGGACUUUUAAGUGUUUUGUCUUGUGCCCAAAAGGCGGUAGAGAUUUGAUUUGUCAUACAAGGAACCACACUCUAUAGGAUAAGCGCCGAUCUAUUUAGCAUUUAGAUAAAGUUCUCCACGUAAAAAGUGGUAAAGACCAUAAACCAUUUUGACCAUCGAAAAAAAGGAGAGAACCCCAAUACAAUCGAAAUGUGAUAAAACAGUGAACAACGUCUGCAAGAUCCCAAAAAGAACAACUAACCCCAUUCUUCCUGUAUAAGAAUAGGACAAGGAACAGGGAAUUGUGAUGCAUUUCCUUUUGCCUGUUUGGAUAGCUUAGAAAAGACGCGUGACCGUUAGUUAGGAAAUUGCUUUUCAAAUACCCUCUACGAUGAUGGAGAGCAUUGGUGUGAUCGAAAACCACAUCAACGCAAUAGCACACAGUACAUAAAAGAGACAAAGCAGUGAGCGGCGAACGCUCAUUGCUGCUUGCAUACUCCUGGAAAUCCUUCGAUUUCCUUGCGACUGUUGUUAACUUAUUCCUGUGUGCCUUCUUGUGGAACCAUAACUGAAACUAAAACGUAAACUAAACAAUCCUAGUACUGCCUUGUAUAAGAGAAAUGGUGAGACCAGAAUAGUGAAAUUAUAGGUGAUGCUGGUUAGCGUAAUGUGUUAGAAUUAUUAAACUUGGCGUGUCCUGAUGCAAACCUGCUAUUCUUAUUCAUCUCGGAAUCAUUUGAGGUGUGUAUUAUUCGAUGUGCCUUCCGGUAGGAUUUAUGUAAAUAGUAGCCAGAGAAAUGAGAGAACGUAAAGUCGAAAAGUAAAACGAAGUUGAACUACGAUGGAUAUUUUAGGUAAAAUACCAGGUAUCAGAAAACGAACGUUAUUAGAAAAAUCAAACGAAAUACAUUGUUUUAAAUAGAAAAAUGA